AUGUCGAAGGAUGACAACGAAUCCAUCACCGUAUAUGAGUCCCGCCCUCCUGAGUGGCUACCCAAGACUCAUGCAUCCGCUGAUCUAGGAUAUGUCGGAUACUUUCCUCCUCGCGGCAAUGAAGAUGAAGAGAUUUUAUCGGAGACAAAGGUCAAGAAUGGUUUGGUCCUGGCACCGCCGGUCCUCGCAGAAACUUUGAGCCUGCAGGACAAUGUCAGGCAUUGCCUCGUGCAUGAGAAUGCAAUCAGUGAGCUCGAAGAUCUGAUGAAUCAGAUAUUCGCGCGGCGUGCAGAGAACGUCCCUCCUGUACCUGCACCGUCUUUUCGCUUGCCUUCUCGGGUUACGCUCAAUGAGGCACGGCGGCAGGCGUGGUUUAGCGACCUCGCGAAUCCUGAUGUUCCUCUGUCCAAGCUGGGGAAGAACGUGCCGCACGGUGCUAAAGGACAUGACCUCCUUGACUUGCUGCACACCCACAAUGUAGCGAUCCCACGCGCUGUCUGGUUCCUCCGCGUGUUUGGCGGGAACGAAACGGCGGGCUUACGCAACAAGCAGGCGUACAACCCGACGCAGUACAGCGUGGAUUGGGCGAACGUAGUCACGAGCUAUAUGAAGAAACAGCUAGCGGAUAUCGCGCUGCCGAGCGCUCCUCGUCUCGGCUUCAACAUCAAACAGACUUUCAAAGGUGAGCUUGGAGAUGCAGACAAGCGCGAGCGCUGGAUAUCUCGCUUUACGUACUGCCUGGGUCUACUUCGCACUUUCUAUGCAGAAGGAUUAGUGGACAAACGGACUUUCCUGAGCUGGCUCGUUCAGCAAAUGUCGACAUGCAAUCUCGCUCAGCUUGGUUUCAUCGCUAAGUUGGCCGAUGAAUAUUUGGAGGGCAUGCUAGUCAGUCGUGCGAUCACCCGUCCAUUUGUCGAUGCUUCCUUGCAGAAGUUGUCGGAGAUACGGUCGUCAUCAGCGAGAGAAUUCCUGGGGAACGUAGAGGCCAUGCUCAAGAAUCUCAUUUCAAGAUCUUUCCUUUCUCUUCCUGAUGCUUUCGUAAGUCCCCGUGCAUGGACACUCCAUUCCGCGCUUCUAGAGGAGAUCCUGUCCGAUAACUUCAACGUUGCUACUCUGGAUAGUACCUCAGAUCACAAUGCGCAAGCGCUUUGCCAGACAUUUGCUGAACAGUUUGCCGAUGUGCGGCAACGAAACGAAGCCAUGCUUUUCUGGCGCUUACCUUCCCGUGUUCUUGGUCCACUUUCGUCCGCUCUUUCAGAUAUCAAGCUACUCAAUUCGCUGUCUGGUAAGACGGACAUGUGCAGUGUUAUUUUCUUUGAAGAUGGCACCGAGAACUCUUCCUCGUUCACACGCAAGCUAGACCUGCUGCUCACGUGGAGCGUCACGUCGCUCCAAUAUGGCGACCAUCGUCCGUACGCUGCUGCAUGUCUGCUGCGAGAAUGGCGCAACAAAGCGGGAGAGCGUGCUAUCCGUCAUGAUGCGGAAUCGCCCGACCAGUUUCUCCAGGAUCAGCUAUUCGACUGGCUGGACACCUCUGAAGUAGCCAGCGAAUCGAGCAAUCUUCCUGCAGUAUCACUUCUCUUCGGGCAACUUGUGAAGUAUCAGCUGUAUUCGUACCAAGACUACAUACAACGUCUGAUUGCUCGCGGUGAAAGAGGUUUGUCGUUUGGUCAGGAGGAUUGUUCACGCCAUCGUGACUUUCUGCGUUGGAUACCAUUGCACAACACAUCACCCUCACUGGUGAGCCAACGCAAGGUGACCUUAUAUGGCGUUCGAGCACGUGAGAUUCCAGAAGACUUGCAUGAGCGAGAAAUUCGGAAAGAGAUUCGGCAGGUAAUUCCGGAGUUGUUCGCAGGUGUUCCGGAUCCUGGUAGAACUUUGGCGACGACAAUCCGGUCAGGUUGUAGCACUUUACUUUCGUCUCCGCGGUUUGAACAAGUCAAAACGAUGAAACAAUGGCUGCUACCAGUUCUGAAGAAGAGUAUCUCCAACCAGCGGCGAGCUAGCGGAGACACCUCCAUUUUGAAGUCGUAUACAAUGGCAACCAUUCUCAUGGCGCACACUAGAUGUUAUGGCUCGAUACUCGACAUCACACUGUUCACGUUGGAACAUGCGGCGAGCAACGAACUACUGACGGCGGUGAUGGAAACACUUCGUCAACACAUGGAGGUGUGGGCAUGCAUGAAUAUCAUGCACACUAUCGCCACGGCCUUGUAUGCAUCACAUCAGUUCUGGAGAACGCGCGGAAUCCAUACUCGUGCCUUACUGUCCUUGCUGAUUGAGGUAGAUAACGAUCGGUACUUGGAGCCUGCCUCGCGCGAACAUAUUCUGGCCGACAUUACAGCUUACACGAAUGCCCUGUAUCCAAUCAAUCAGCCCUCUGCCGAUACCGUACCUCUUGCUCUCCCAGAGAUCUUGAUGCUUGCGACGGAUCCUGAUCCAGAAGCGCCAUCUAAUCUAGCAAAGAGUCUAUGGUAUAGGUACCUGACUGCUCCGGACUGGGCCUGGAAAGUCUGGGACAACACUGUCGCAAGUCUCCGCCAGAUCCCUUCGAUGAUACCUGACUCGAUUGGACGGAGAGUUUGCGCCCUACGCUAUGCCGUCUUUCUUUCGCAUGUUGACCAACACCUUCCUGAAGGAUUCGACGAUCAGGUCCUCCAGUGGUUCCUGGGUGCUGGAAGGAGUGAGGUUGCUGCUCUCAGCGCCGACGUGUGGGAAGUCAUGACCGUCUUGCUUCUUCACCUUUCUGUCUGUGGUGCUCUCACGACCACGACUAUCCUGCAAGGUCUUAUUUAUCCAGUGUGGAAAAUGGGGGCUACAGUUGCUUCCGUUGAACAAGGCCUGUCUUUGGAAGUUCUUCUGACCGCAGUCAAUGCGCUCUUCGAACACCUUUUGCUGAAGGAUGAGUAUGGCAAUGGUGUUCCCCCACGCGAUAUCUUCGAAGCUCGAGGCUUGCAGACGCGACGUCGCGACGUCUUUCGCGAGCCAUACUUCUCUUCACUAAUCGACAACCUACCCAUACUUGUUCUGAUCGAGCAGAAUCAGUACAUAUCGGAAAUUUCACGGCGUACUUCCUUAUCGCUCCGCCAGGCCAUAUGUAAAGUCAGUGUCUUCCGUCAAGGUGUAUAUCGUGAUUUAGAUGCAGUACGGCUCGCGUUCGAGAAACUUUUGGAGUGUCGGACCGUUCCUGAGGAAACUCAUCAACAUCUUGUCUCUGCCUUACGGAUGAUGCUCCGCGAUCCUGCGCACGGGAAUAAUACAGACACUUCAGGAUUCCAGGCGGUUUCGUCCUUACUCAGUCCUUGGAAGUUGGCAGCUACCUCAAUUGAAAUGCGACUUACCCUGAAGCAGCUGGGUGAAGGGUUGGCCCGAGAGUCUUCGCACGAAGCUGCAAGUACUAGCUUGGACGAACUCACUGAUUUCGUCUUUCAUCACUGUACGAAUAUGGAAUUGGUGGAUUUUGUUGCCGAGAUGAUGGUAGAUGUUGAUCGGGAAGUAGCUACCAAGUUUGUCGAUGCUGGGCUACAUUGUAUAACGGAAACAUUGCGAUCACUUCCCGCACCAUUGACCGCUGAGGACAUGGCGCAGUUCGUGUCGAACGUGGGCGAAGUCCUACGCCUCCUCUCCAAUAUAGUUCAACCAUUUCAGGACGAGACAACUCAACUUCACCUCACUCCUGUUGUGCAGGAAGACCUCGCGCUGGUUUUGAAGGGCAAACUUGAGGAGAUCAAGAAUAUCAUUACUGCUGGAAUCGGAAAUUUAUCCAAGGAAGCGGACUUAAGUCAAGCGUCUCAUUUUGCCAUUUUUCUCGCAAGGCUCUUACAGUUCAAUCUUCGAUUUCGGGGAGAUUGGUCGCCUCAGAUGAAGACAAUCAAUGAAGAGCUGUGUUCUAUCCUCUCCCGACUCUCCCUGCUUCACACCGCUGGGUCAACAUUGGAUCUUCUGGCAUUUCCGCUCCUGCUUGACACCCUUUACUAUGUCCUCGAUGAAAUCCCUACGGAUCCCAAGACCGUAACGCUUGAUCCCUGUCGGAAUUACCCGGAGUUUGACUUAGCAGACCUACCGAGCGACAUGCCGCCAGAUUUCAGGAGGAGACUCCGCUCUCUUCUUCCUUACGUAUCGCAAAAUUUGGCUGUUUGCGACCUCGCGUAUGCCACCAGAGACGCCUCAGGGUCCAUGGUGGCCAACCAGCCUGUGCAGAAUCGUCCAUGGGAAUGGACCGAGUAUCUUGGCAAUGCUCCCGCCGUUGAUCCGAAACGCGAUGAUAAGUCAGAGCAUCAGCAGCUGAAGAAUUCGACUUCACUGUCCCUGGAGCUCUUUGGCACGAAGAUGACAGGCGACUCCGUUGUUCAUUCACAAGCAUACACUGGCGACUCCAUGGUCGAAGGGAAUCUCCGCACGUUUCAGGAUGACCUCUCCGGUGAGAGCGUGUUCAUGCGUGACUGGAGAGAGACGCGAAUAGGGGUAAACGACGCGGUGAGCAGUGCCAGCCGGGGUAGAGGAGAGCAGGACGAUGGCACCAUGAUUAUCCCGACGUACUCUGCGCCGGGUCAGGGACUCUCUGAGAGGCGGCCGUCUUCUCGCAGAGCUUCACCAGCAUUGUCUGUCCGCACUCGCGCUUCUAUGCUCCAUCAUUCAGGCCCGAGCUCUGUUUCAUCUUUCCGCCAGAGCCCGGUCCAACAUCUUCCGAGCCGUCUCUCCGUAUCCACAGCUAGCGAACCCAUUGACGUCGACAGCUUCGAAUUACCGGCGUCCGCAUCGCAAUCGACCGCGAAGCGGAGAAGCGUAGACGACGACGACGAACUCGAGAUAGUUGAAGGUCCCGUACCUGCUUCGCGCGCCAAGAAAUCGAGAGCAAAAGCGGGCUCGAAGAUUCGCACAAAGAAACGAUGA